AUGUUGGUAGGAUUUCUCCUAGUUUGUGCAACCGUGCUGGCAAAGGACAGCGGGAAGGACACAUGCUUCCCGGGCUACACCCUCAACACUGACACGAAGCAGUGCACCAAGGACCCAGAAGCGCCGUGCAACGUCGAGGGCUGUGAGACCUGCGUGGAGGGCAACGCCCAGCAGUGCAAGACGUGCCGUCCGGGCUACACCAUCAACACUGACACGAAGCAGUGCACCAAGGACCCAGAAGCGCCGUGCAACGUCGAGGGCUGUGAGACCUGCGUGGAGGGCAACGCCCAGCAGUGCAAGACGUGCCGUCCGGGCUACACCAUCAACACUGACACGAAGCAGUGCACCAAGGACCCAGAAGCGCCGUGCAACGUCGAGGGCUGUGAGACCUGCGUGGAGGGCAACGCCCAGCAGUGCAAGACGUGCCGUCCGGGCUACACCAUCAACACUGACACGAAGCAGUGCACCAAGGACCCAGAAGCGCCGUGCAACGUCGAGGGCUGUGAGACCUGCGUGGAGGGCAACGCCCAGCAGUGCAAGACGUGCCGUCCGGGCUACACCAUCAACACUGACACGAAGCAGUGCACCAAGGACCCAGAAGCGCCGUGCAACGUCGAGGGCUGUGAGACCUGCGUGGAGGGCAACGCCCAGCAGUGCAAGACGUGCCGUCCGGGCUACACCAUCAACACUGACACGAAGCAGUGCACCAAGGACCCAGAAGCGCCGUGCAACGUCGAGGGCUGUGAGACCUGCGUGGAGGGCAACGCCCAGCAGUGCAAGACGUGCCGUCCGGGCUACACCAUCAACACUGACACGAAGCAGUGCACCAAGGACCCAGAAGCGCCGUGCAACGUCGAGGGCUGUGAGACCUGCGUGGAGGGCAACGCCCAGCAGUGCAAGACGUGCCGUCCGGGCUACACCAUCAACACUGACACGAAGCAGUGCACCAAGGACCCAGAAGCGCCGUGCAACGUCGAGGGCUGUGAGACCUGCGUGGAGGGCAACGCCCAGCAGUGCAAGACGUGCCGUCCGGGCUACACCAUCAACACUGACACGAAGCAGUGCACCAAGGACCCAGAAGCGCCGUGCAACGUCGAGGGCUGUGAGACCUGCGUGGAGGGCAACGCCCAGCAGUGCAAGACGUGCCGUCCGGGCUACACCAUCAACACUGACACGAAGCAGUGCACCAAGGACCCAGAAGCGCCGUGCAACGUCGAGGGCUGUGAGACCUGCGUGGAGGGCAACGCCCAGCAGUGCAAGACGUGCCGUCCGGGCUACACCAUCAACACUGACACGAAGCAGUGCACCAAGGACCCAGAAGCGCCGUGCAACGUCGAGGGCUGUGAGACCUGCGUGGAGGGCAACGCCCAGCAGUGCAAGACGUGCCGUCCGGGCUACACCAUCAACACUGACACGAAGCAGUGCACCAAGGACCCAGAAGCGCCGUGCAACGUCGAGGGCUGUGAGACCUGCGUGGAGGGCAACGCCCAGCAGUGCAAGACGUGCCGUCCGGGCUACACCAUCAACACUGACACGAAGCAGUGCACCAAGGACCCAGAAGCGCCGUGCAACGUCGAGGGCUGUGAGACCUGCGUGGAGGGCAACGCCCAGCAGUGCAAGACGUGCCGUCCGGGCUACACCAUCAACACUGACACGAAGCAGUGCACCAAGGACCCAGAAGCGCCGUGCAACGUCGAGGGCUGUGAGACCUGCGUGGAGGGCAACGCCCAGCAGUGCAAGACGUGCCGUCCGGGCUACACCAUCAACACUGACACGAAGCAGUGCACCAAGGACCCAGAAGCGCCGUGCAACGUCGAGGGCUGUGAGACCUGCGUGGAGGGCAACGCCCAGCAGUGCAAGACGUGCCGUCCGGGCUACACCAUCAACACUGACACGAAGCAGUGCACCAAGGACCCAGAAGCGCCGUGCAACGUCGAGGGCUGUGAGACCUGCGUGGAGGGCAACGCCCAGCAGUGCAAGACGUGCCGUCCGGGCUACACCAUCAACACUGACACGAAGCAGUGCACCAAGGACCCAGAAGCGCCGUGCAACGUCGAGGGCUGUGAGACCUGCGUGGAGGGCAACGCCCAGCAGUGCAAGACGUGCCGUCCGGGCUACACCAUCAACACUGACACGAAGCAGUGCACCAAGGACCCAGAAGCGCCGUGCAACGUCGAGGGCUGUGAGACCUGCGUGGAGGGCAACGCCCAGCAGUGCAAGACGUGCCGUCCGGGCUACACCAUCAACACUGACACGAAGCAGUGCACCAAGGACCCAGAAGCGCCGUGCAACGUCGAGGGCUGUGAGACCUGCGUGGAGGGCAACGCCCAGCAGUGCAAGACGUGCCGUCCGGGCUACACCAUCAACACUGACACGAAGCAGUGCACCAAGGACCCAGAAGCGCCGUGCAACGUCGAGGGCUGUGAGACCUGCGUGGAGGGCAACGCCCAGCAGUGCAAGACGUGCCGUCCGGGCUACACCAUCAACACUGACACGAAGCAGUGCACCAAGGACCCAGAAGCGCCGUGCAACGUCGAGGGCUGUGAGACCUGCGUGGAGGGCAACGCCCAGCAGUGCAAGACGUGCCGUCCGGGCUACACCAUCAACACUGACACGAAGCAGUGCACCAAGGACCCAGAAGCGCCGUGCAACGUCGAGGGCUGUGAGACCUGCGUGGAGGGCAACGCCCAGCAGUGCAAGACGUGCCGUCCGGGCUACACCAUCAACACUGACACGAAGCAGUGCACCAAGGACCCAGAAGCGCCGUGCAACGUCGAGGGCUGUGAGACCUGCGUGGAGGGCAACGCCCAGCAGUGCAAGACGUGCCGUCCGGGCUACACCAUCAACACUGACACGAAGCAGUGCACCAAGGACCCAGAAGCGCCGUGCAACGUCGAGGGCUGUGAGACCUGCGUGGAGGGCAACGCCCAGCAGUGCAAGACGUGCCGUCCGGGCUACACCAUCAACACUGACACGAAGCAGUGCACCAAGGACCCAGAAGCGCCGUGCAACGUCGAGGGCUGUGAGACCUGCGUGGAGGGCAACGCCCAGCAGUGCAAGACGUGCCGUCCGGGCUACACCAUCAACACUGACACGAAGCAGUGCACCAAGGACCCAGAAGCGCCGUGCAACGUCGAGGGCUGUGAGACCUGCGUGGAGGGCAACGCCCAGCAGUGCAAGACGUGCCGUCCGGGCUACACCCUCAACACUGACACGAAGCAGUGCACCAAGGACCCAGAAGCGCCGUGCAACGUCGAGGGCUGUGAGACCUGCGUGGAGGGCAACGCCCAGCAGUGCAAGACGUGCCGUCCGGGCUACACCAUCAACACUGACACGAAGCAGUGCACCAAGGACCCAGAAGCGCCGUGCAACGUCGAGGGCUGUGAGACCUGCGUGGAGGGCAACGCCCAGCAGUGCAAGACGUGCCGUCCGGGCUACACCAUCAACACUGACACGAAGCAGUGCACCAAGGACCCAGAAGCGCCGUGCAAUACUCCCAACUGUAAGACCUGUGACAACCCCAAAACAGACAGUGAAAUCUGCACUGAAUGUAAUGACGGCAACUACCUCACCCCUACAAACCAAUGCGUACCUGACUGCACGACCAUCAGCGGAUACUACGGAGAUACUGACAAGAAGUGUAAGGCAUGCAACCCUGAGUGCGCUGAGUGCGUUGGGCCGGCCAACAAUCAGUGUAGUUCCUGUCCUGCUGGCAAGAAACUGACAUAUACAGAUGACAGCAAUCCUAAUAACGGAGGCACCUGCGGGGAUGCGUGCAAGGUGUCUGCAGAUGGCACUGGCUGUGAGACAUGCGGGGCCCAAAUAGGAGGAACUGCAUACUGCUCAAAGUGCAAGACCUCCACUCAGGCCCCCUUGAACGGCGACUGUGCGGCCAGUUCACGAGCAACUUUCUGUACUAAAAUGGGUAAUGGGGUGUGCACUCAAUGUGAAGAUAACUACUUCCUCAAGGACGGCGGUUGCUAUCAGACAGAUAGACAGCCCGGCAAGCAAGUGUGUAGUAGUGCACAGGGAGGCAAUGGUAAGUGUCAGACAUGUGCCAAUGGCUUAGCAGCAACUGAUGGCAACUGUGCAGAAUGUCAUCCUACUUGUGCUACGUGCUCGACUGCAGGUGCGGCUGAUAAGUGUAAGACCUGUGCCACUGGGUAUUACAAGGAAAACGGUGACGAUACCACUGAUGGCCCGUGCAAGAAGUGCUCAGAGAAGAUCUCUGGAUGCAAGCAAUGUGUGUCAUCAUCUGGCAGUUCAGUCAUAUGUUUAGAAUCAGAAGUAGGCACUGGUGGAAGCGUCAACAAGAGCGGCCUUUCUACUGGCGCCAUCGCAGGCAUCGCUGUGGCUGUCAUCGUUGUUGUGGGGGGCCUCGUAGGCUUCCUUUGCUGGUGGUUCCUGUGCAGAGGAAAAGCAUAG